AUGAAGUACGUUUGGUUGUUGGUUUUUUCAACUAUUGUUCCGUUUGAGUGGCGUGCAACGGAUGCGGCACGCAUUCUGGCGAUUUUCCCGACCCCGUUGAAAAGUCAUCAGAUAGUGUUUCGUGCUUUUGUUGAAGAACUUUUGCGGAAUGGGCAUCAGUUGACCGUUAUGACACCGAACCCUAUCGAAACGUGCAAUCCGAAUAUUACGCAAAUCGACUGGAGCAUCGCGUAUAAAGUGAUCGAGCAGGAUUCCGAUGUGGCGCGUGCUACGCAGGAACAGUGGAGCUCUCUCAGAGUGGCAGAGCAAGUGCUGUUUGUGGUGCAGUUGUUCACUGAAACGCAGUUAAGUCAUCCCGCGGUGCAAGCCUUGAUCGAGAAUCGACAAAGCAAUCAUUUUGAUGCAGUGAUAGUUGAGUAUUUUCAAAUGACACCAUUCUAUGCGUUUGCUGAAUUGUUCAACGCUCCAUUGAUCGGUAUUACCUCGAUCGAUACCGUCGCAAUGGCACACGCCGCCGUCGGUAAUGUUGCCAAUGUCGUUGCUCAUCCGGAGGUGCAUCUUAAAUUUUCUGUUGCUCGAAAUUUUUACCACCGAUUGGUUGCUUUUUUAAACAUGCUCUUCGUUGAUUUUUAUCUAAUCCCACGGGAAUUCGAAAAAUACGACCAGUUAAUUGAAUAUCAUUUUGGCUCUAAUAUGACAAAAUCGAAGCAACUGAUGAACCGUGUGGAUUUCCUGAUGGUUAAUACAGAACCGGCGCUUGGUUUCAUUCGACCUAUAGUGCCGCAAUCGAUUCAGCUGGGAUGCCUGCAUAUUAAACCGCCACAGCCACUAGGCGGAGAGCUGCAGCAAUAUUUGGACAACUCACGCCACGGAGUGAUUUACUUCAGCUUAGGUUCGUUCAUUCGAACCGCUUCGUUGACUAAGAAAAACACAGAACUAUUUGUCAGUGUAUUCAAAUCGCUAAAAUAUAACGUUUUGUGGAAGUGUGACAGUGAGAUUGAUUUGGAUGGAGCUCCAAAUGUGCGACUGAUGUCGUGGCUGCCCCAACAGGAUGUUUUAGGUAAAUUUUACUUUUGUUACAAUUAG